GUUUACCUGGGUGAGGCCUUGGCAGGAACGCCCCCGCCCUUCUCAGGAGGGUCUUAGCUUCCUCCCGUGUUAAGGAGGGCAAUCUCUCUGUCAUUGAGGCCAGGGCAACAGACGGGUGGGCAAAAUCGGAGCUAACAGAAAAGCCCCAUUCUAGAGAGAAGCUUCUCACCCUCACGCCCUGCACGGAUUCCAAAAGGGAGAGGGGCUCCGGAGAGAGAACUCUCUCUCUCUCUCUCUCUCUCUCUCUCUCUCUCUCUCGACCUUCGGAUAAUUAAGACUCAAUUGAGUUGUGGGUGUUUGGUGGUUUUCAUACCACUGUAAUGUGACCAAUUUCAUCAUUUCCUGGAGUAAAAAGUUGGAAGAACAUUGUAUAACUUGCUAUCAGGGAGAGGCCUUGAGUUGAGUUUUGGCUCAACCCUCCCCGUCCUCAUCAGGUCACUAUGAACAAGACCGUAGUGCCCUUAAAAAAAGGGAAUGGGAGCGGAGGAAUCAAGAAGUCCAGCAAGAAGACGAUCUCUUUUCUUCAGGCUUUGAUCUUUUUGGGGAGCCCUACAAGACAAACAAAGGUGAUGCACUUGCCAACCGAGUCCAGAACACGCUGGGAAACUAUGAUGAGAUGAAGGAUUUGCUAACUAACCAUUCUAAUCAGAAUCAUCUAGUGGGAAUCCCAAAGAAUUCUGUGCCCCAGCCUCCCAUCAACAAAAACGAGCCAAGCUUUCUCCCCGAGCAAAAGAACCGAAUGCUCCCACCUCACCAGGAUAACACUCACCCCUCGGCCCCAAUGCCUCCGCCUUCUGUCGUGAUACUGAAUUCCACUCUAAUACACGGCAACAGGAAAUCAAAAGCUGACUGGCCACGGGAUGGUCAUAACGCUAGCCUUGUACCAGCCAGCCAGGCCAGUAGCCAGCCAAACAAGAUGCAGCUGCCUGCGCAAGACCAGCCCCAAGCCCGACUGGAAGACUUCUUCGUCUACCCGGCUGAACAGCCUCAGGUCGGGGCCACCGAAGAGUCAAACCCAUCUGCGAAGGAAGACAAUAGCCUCAAGUCCAGUGGAGGGGAUGCUUUCAAAGAAAUCUUUCAGUCCGUCUCACCAGAAGAAUCUGAAUUUACAGUGCACGCUCCUGGGUCUCCCCUAGUUGCCUCCUCUUUGUUAGCUCCCAGCAGUGGCCUUUCGGUUCAGAACUUUCCACCAGGGCUUUACUGCAAAACAAACAUGGGGCAGCAAAAACCGACCGCGUAUGUCAGACCCAUGGAUGGCCAGGACCAGGCACCGGACAUCCCUCCGACACUGAAACCUUCCAUUGAAUUCGAGAACAGCUUUGGGAAUCUGUCAUUCGGAUCACUGUUGGAUGGAAAACCCAGUGCGGCCAGUUCAAAGCCCAAACUGCCCAAGUUCACGAUUCUCCAAACAAGUGAAGUAAGCCUUCCCAGCGAUCCAAGCUGUGUUGAAGAAAUCUUACGGGAGAUGACCCAUUCCUGGCCUGCUCCUCUCACUGCCAUGCAUACUUCUGGAAACUCUGAGAAGAACACACUUUCCAUCCCAGGACAGGAAUCCCAACAUCUGACCCCAGGAUUCACCUUACAAAAGUGGAGCGACCCGACUGGCAGAGCUUCUACAAAGUCAGUACCGCUCGAGUCGAUGCUUGAGGACGACUUGAAGCUGAGCAGUGAUGAAGACGACCUUGAGCCGGUGAAGACCUUGGCCACUCAGUGCACCGCCACUGAGCUCUACCAGGCUGUUGAAAAGGCAAAACCUAAGAACAAUCCUGUGAACCCGCUCUUGGCCACUCCUCAGCCCCCACCUGCGGUGCAAGCCGGCGGGGGCUCCGGCAGCUCCAGUGACUCUGAGAGCAGCUCCGAGUCAGACUCUGACACUGAAAGCAGCACCACUGACAGCGAGUCCAAUGAGGCGCCUCGUGCGGCCACGCCAGAGCCUGAGCCGCCCUCAACCAACAAGUGGCAGUUGGAUAAAUGGCUUAACAAAGUGACUUCCCAGAACAAGUCGUUUAUUUGUGGCCAAAAUGAAACGCCCAUGGAGACGGUUUCUGUGCCUCCUCCAAUCAUCCAGCCAAUGGAAGUCCAGAUCAAAGUGAAGACGAACCCCAGCCAGGUCCUGGCUGAACCCAAAGAGAGGCCUCUCCUCAGUCUUAUCAGGGAGAAAGCCCGUCCACGGCCUACCCAGAAAACUCCAGAAACAAAGGCUUUGAAGCAUAAGUUGUCAACAACUGUUGAGACAGCUUCUCAAAGGACAAUUGGAAAAAAACAGCCCAAAAAAGUCGAGAAGAACACCAGCAUUGACGAGUUUACCUGGCCCAAACCAAAUAUUACCAGCAGCACCCCCAAAGAAAAAGAAAGCGUGGAGCUUCCUGAUCCACCAAGAGGCCGCAACAAACCAUCUGCCCACAAACCAGUCCCUAGGAAGGAACCAAGGCCGAACAUUCCCUUGGCCACCGAGAAAAAGAAGUACAGAGGGCCUGGCAAGAUCGUGCCAAAGUCCCGGGAAUUUAUCGAAACGGAUUCAUCUACAUCUGAUUCCAACACAGAUCAGGAAGAGACCCUGCAGAUCAAAGUCCUGCCUCCUUGCAUUGCUCCCGGGGGCAAUUCUGCCAAAUCGAAGGAAACCUGUGGUGCCAGCCUGACCCUCAGCACCUCGGUCAGCAGUAGCAGCAGCAGCAGCAGCAGCAACAUAUCCGUCAAUAGUGAGGAACCAGCUUUUUCGCCCAUCCCUGUCAUGCAAACGGAGCUUCUGUCCCCUCUACGAGAUCACGAGAAUCUGAAAAAUCUCUGGGUGAAGAUUGACCUUGACCUGCUGUCUAGAGUACCCGGUCACAACGCACUGCAAGCAGCACCAGCCAAGCCAGACCCCAAGGAGACUGCGCCGAAGCCCAAGCGCCAGACCGCUGCCGCGGCUGUGGAAAAACCCGCCCCUAAGGGCAAGCGUAAGCACAAGCCAACGGAAAUUGCAGAGAAAAUCCCUGAGAAGAAGCCACGUCUGGAGGAGGCCGCCGCUAUCUGCCUGCUGCCCCCAUGCAUCUCACCAGCCCCACCCCACAAGCCUCCCAACACUAAAGAGAACAAUUCAUCCAGGAGAGCAAAUAGAAGGAAAGAAGAAAAGCUGUUUCCUCCACCACUUUCCCCACUGCCAGAGGACCCUCCACACCGUAGAAACAUCAGCGGCACCAACGGUCCCUUUGGUCAAGACAAAAACAUCCCUGUGAUUGGACAGAUCACCUCUACCAAACCUAAGAGGAGUGAAGGCAAAUUCUGUGCUACUUUCAAAGGGAUAUCCGUAAAUGAUGGAGACACUCCAAAAAAGACCACGUCUGCCACCGUCACGGUCACCAACACUGCUAUUGCCACUGCCACUGUCACUGCUACUGCCAUUGUCACUGCCACUGUCACGGCCACUGCGACCGCCACUGCCACAGCCACUACCACAACCACUACCACAACCAUUUCCACCAUCACAUCUACCAUCACUACUGGCCUCAUGGACAGCAGUCACCUGGAAAUGGCGUCCUGGGCGGCCCUGCCCCUUCUGUCCAGCAGCACCACCAACGUCCGGAGACCCAAGCUCACUUUUGACGACUCGGUUCACAAUGCUGAUUAUUACAUGCAAGAGGCUAAGAAGCUAAAGCACAAAGCUGACGCACUGUUUGAGAAAUUUGGCAAAGCCGUGAAUUACGCCGACGCAGCCCUGUCGUUCACCGAAUGCGGCAACGCGAUGGAGCGCGACCCUCUGGAAGCCAAGUCUCCGUACACCAUGUACUCUGAGACCGUGGAGCUCCUCAGGUACGCGAUGAGACUGAAGAACUUUGCGAGCCCCCUGGCUUCGGACGGGGACAAAAAGCUGGCAGUAUUAUGCUACAGAUGUUUAUCACUUCUCUACUUGCGGAUGUUUAAGCUGAAGAAGGACCAUGCCAUGAAGUACUCCAGAUCACUGAUGGAAUAUUUUAAGCAAAAUGCUUCAAAAGUCGCUCAGAUACCGUCUCCCUGGGUAGGCAAUGGAAAGAACACUCCUUCCCCGGUGUCUCUCAACAACGUCUCUCCCAUCAACGCGAUGGGCAGCUGUAACAACGGCCCGGUCACCAUCCCCCAGCGCAUUCACCACAUGGCCGCCAGCCACGUCAACAUCACCAGCAACGUGUUACGGGGCUACGAACACUGGGACAUGGCCGACAAACUGACAAGAGAGAACAAAGAAUUCUUUGGCGAUCUGGACACACUGAUGGGGCCCCUGACCCAGCAUAGCAGCAUGACCAAUCUCGUCCGCUACGUUCGCCAGGGACUGUGUUGGCUGCGCAUCGAUGCCCAUUUGUUGUAGUGGGUGCUCCCCCCAUGUCCAGCAUCACCACCCAUCACUCUACCUCUACCAGAGCACCAACGGUCACUGGUGGAACUCCACUCAUUUGGGAAAGUUCUCUUUGAUUCUGUUUGUUUUUACACUUCUUUUGAUACCUGUGAAAAACAGAAGUCAUUGUAAGUGGACACUACAA